UCGCGCGCGGGAAGAUGGCUGGGCGCGUGCUCCUGAGCCUGGCGCUCCUGCUCCUGCUCCUCCCGGAACACUCGAGCGGGGCCAAGAAAGCGAAGCAGACCGCCGACUCGGACGUCAUCGAGGACGUGAGCGGCAAACAGCUCGAGAGUCUUCUGCAGACUGAGGAAUACCUCGCCGUCUUUUUCUAUACGAAGAUAUGCAAAAAUUGCGAUGCCAUCCUGGCCGAGUUGGAGCACAUCAACGACGAAGCGGAGAAGUUCGGCGUGGCUUUCGUCAAGAACAGCGAUCGGCCGACGGCAAAGAAACUCGGCAUCACCAAGUUCCCGUCGCUCGUCUACUUCCGGAACAAGGAGCCCACUGUCUACGAAGGUGACCUGAUGGACGAAGAGAAAGUGCUCGACUGGCUAACAAACUUGGAGGCCAUGGAGCUGCCGGACCGGAUAGAAGAGGUCAACGGAAAGAUUCUAGAGAGCCUCAUCAAGGAGAGUCAAUACCUGGCCGUCCUCUUUUACAAGCAAAAGCACAAGGAGUCCGAGGCGGUGCUCGCAGAACUCGAGAACAUUGACGACGAGGCGGACGCACUGGGAAUCGGCUUCGUGAAGAUCUCCGAGACCGAGGUGGCUGAGGAGUUCGGCCUAGACCAGCUGCCGGCGCUGGUCUACUACCGAAAGACCAUCCCGCUACUCUACGACGGUGACCUAAGGAACGAGGAGGACGUGCUCAAGUGGCUGCAGCAGUUCAUGGACACUGGUGACGACACGGACAUAAUCGAGGAGGUUUCUGCGGACGACAUGAAUGCGCUCAUCGAGAAGACUGACAUACUGGCCGUCUUCGUAUAUGACGCGAACGACGCGAAGAGCAAGAAGAUCCUGGAGGAGCUGGAGGCGAUCGACGACGAUGCCGACCAGCACGGCAUCCCGUUCGUCAAGACAGACGACGUGGAGUUUGCCAACAAGUACGGCUGGGACACACUGCCCGUCCUGAUAUUUUUCGAGAACGAGGUGCCCACUGUGUUCAAAGGGGACUUGACCAACGAGGAGAAAGUGCUGAGCUGGCUGGUGGAGCAGAAGAUGAAGGACGAGAUCGAGGACGUGUCCGAGGACGUGUUCGACGAGCUCGUCCAGAAGGCUGACUAUCUCGCGGUACUUUUUUAUAAGAAAGGCGACGCCAAAUGCGAGAAGGUGCUCAAGGAGCUGGAGAACAUCGACGACGAGUUGGACUCGCACGACGUAGCCUUCGUGAAGAUUGACGACGAGGACGUCAUCAAGGAGUACGGCAUCGACGCCGUGCCGCAGCUUGUGUACUUCGAGGACUCGAUACCAAACUUCUAUUCCGGUGACUUGACGAAGGAGGAGCAGGUUCUGGAGUGGCUUUUGAAGCAAAAGGAGUCCGACGAGAUCGAAGAUGUCACUCCUGAGGUGCUGGAGACGCUCAUCAAGAAGUCCAAUUUCCUGGCGGUGCUCUUCUACGACAAGGACGACUCGAAGAGCCGAGAGGUGCUCAAGGAGCUCGAGAACAUCGAUGACGACGCCGACGCGCACGACCUGCCCUUUAUCAAGAUCGACGACGACGAGGUGGCCCGCAGUUACGGCAUCGAUGACGAGCUGCCCCUGCUCGUCUACUUCGAGAAGGAGAUACCGAACAUCUACGAAGGCGACCUGACGAAGGAGGAGGAAGUGAUCGAGUGGCUGCUGCACCAGAUGAAGUCGGACGCCAUCGAGGAAGUGAGCGACAAGAUCCUCGACUCGCUCAUCGAGAAGCACCCGCACGUCGCCGUGCUCUUCUACCAAGAGAAGGACAAGAAGUCCGAGAAGAUCCUGACCGAGUUGGAGAACAUCGACGACGAGGCAGACGAGCACGACAUCGUGUUCCUCAAGACAAACGACCCCGAAGCAGCCGACAAGCACGGAAUCGAAAGUUUUCCAAAACUCGUCUUCUACGACAACGAGAUACCCAAUUUAUACGACGGAGACUUGAUGGAUGAAGACAAAGUCCUGGCCUGGUUUAUCAAGCAAAAAGAGUCCGAAGAAAUCGAGGAGAUCACCGAGAAGAUGCUGUUCGAGCUUAUCGACGAAAAUCCUUUCCUGGUGGUCUUGUUCUAUGACAAAGACCACAAGGGGAGUGCCGAGGUGCUCGCUGAGCUGGAGAACAUCGACGACGACCUGGACAAGCACAAGAUCCCUUUCGUCAAGAUCGACGACGACAGCGUGGCCAAGGACUUUGGCAUUCUGGACGAGCUGCCCGCCAUCGUGUACUUCGAGGACAAAAUCCCAAAUGUCUACGAAGGCAACCUGAAAGAUGAAGAGGAAGUCCUGAAGUGGGUCCUACACCAAAAGUCAGAGGAUACCAUUGAGGAGGUCACCGAAGAAAUACUCGAAAUGUUGCUACGCCAAAAAGAAUACGUCAUGGUAUUCUUCGCGCCCGACAACUGCAAGGAGUGCCCGAAAAUCCUGGCUGAGCUGGAAAAAAUUGACGACGAAUCCGACGACCACGGCAUUAUUAUCGUGACUACCGAUGACACAAAGUUGGCCAAAAAACAGGCCGGAGUGACCCGCCUUCCGGCAAUCGUUUUGUUCAGGAAUGGACAGCCUGUUCAUUACAAAGGGGACCUUAUGGACGAAGAUGAGAUCCUGAAGUGGAUGACAAGCGAGGAGACGUUGGACAUUCCGGACCAAAUAGAGAGCGUCAACCAGAAGAUGUUGGAGAAACUGCUUAGCACCAGCGAUUACGUGGCAGUUUUCUUCACUAAGCCCAAGUGUGCGGAAUGCGACAAGGUUCUUGCCGAGCUCGAGAACAUCGAUGACGAAGCAGAGGCACUGGACAUCGACUUCGUCAAGGUCACCGACCCGAAGAUAGCCAAGGCUUACGAGAUUAUUUCGCUGCCUGCCCUGGUGUUCUUCAAGAAGAAGUUUCCUCAGUACUACGAUGGAAACCUCAAGGACGAAGACCAAGUGCUCAAGUGGCUGACUGAAAUGAAGGAGAGGUCCGAUGAUGAGAUCGAGCUCGUGGAUCGCAGGAUGCUGGAAAUGCUUUUGCAGGACAUGGAGAGCGUCGCCGUCUUCUUCUUCUCGGACGAGUGUCCCGAGUGUGACAAGGUGCUGGAGGAACUGGAGAACAUCGACGACGACACCGACAAGCAGGGCAUCUACUUCGUCAAGAUAGACGACGAGGCGUACGCCAAGGAACUGGGCGUGUCCGAGUACCCGUCCCUGGUGUACUUCGAGCACGGCUCACCCAGCAUCUACGUGGGCGAUCUGACCAAGGAGGAGAACGUGCUGGAGUGGCUGGUCCAGCAGAAGAACGAGGACACCAUCGAGAACAUCAACCGGGACAUGCUCAACAAGAUGAUCGCCGACACCGACUAUUUGGCUGUGUUCUUUUAUCUGGAAGAUGACGACGAGAGCAAGGAGAUGCUGUUGCACUUGGAAAACAUUGACGAUGACUGCAGCGACUACGAGGUGCACCUGGUCAAGAUGCAGGACAACUUGAUGGCCAAAAAGUACGGCAUUCGGAACCCGCCGGGACUGGCCUACUUCCGACACGGCAAACACCUGAAGUUCACCGGCGAUCUUUUCGACGAAGAGGAAGUGCUGGAGUGGCUCACUAAUCCAGAAAACAUGGAAAUGGACGAUGCCAUUGAGAGAGUGAACAAACGAAUGUUCGAAAGGAUCCUGGCGAAGUCUGAGUACCUCACCGUGUUCUUCUACAGCAAGACGGGCUGCAAGCAGUGCGUGAAGGUUCUCGAGGAGCUGGAGAAGAUCGACGACGACGCGGACGCGCACGGCAUCAACAUGGUGAAGAUCGACGACAUGGCGCUGGCGAAGAAGUACGGCGUGUUCGCCAUCCCGGCCAUCCUGUUCUUCCGCAGCGACGACAAGGAGCCCGUCAUCUACGCCGGUGAUUUCAAGAACGGCGAGCAUAUCCUCGAGUGGAUUCUACUGCAGAAGAACCCUGGAAGUGAAAUCAUCGAAGAAGUAGACGGAGAAGGGCUGAAAAAGCUUAUCAAGGCGGCCAAGUAUCUGGCGGUUUUAUUCUAUUCGGAAGGGUCCGAAUGUGAGGAGUGCAAGACCAUACUGGAAGAGCUGGAAAAUAUUGACGACGACACCGACCGGCACGGCAUCCAGUUCGUCAAGACAACCGACAUUGCGAUGGCCCAGGAGUACGGCGUCAAGGAAAUGCCAGCGCUCGUCUAUUUCGAGAACCAAAUACCGAAUGUGUACGAAGGUGACCUCAGCGCCGAAGAGGAAGUGCUCCAGUGGCUCGUUUUGCAAAAAUCAGAAGACACAAUUGAAACUGUGAACCGUGACAUGAUGGAUCGGCUCAUUGAGGAAACGCAGUACUUGGCCGUUUUCUUCUACAAGCCCAACUGCAAAGCUUGUGACCAAGCCCUGCACGAGCUGGAGAACAUUGACGACGACGCCGACUUGUACGGCAUUCACAUGGUCAAAAUUCAGGACCCGUCCUUGGCCAAGCGAUACGGCAUCAAAACAUUUCCUGCUCUGGUUUACUUCCGCAACGCCAACCCAUUGAUAUAUGACGGUGACAUCAAGAAUGAAGAGGCCGUGCUCGAAUGGCUCAUUGACGACGACAACCGGGAACUGGCUGACGAAAUAGAAGCCGUCAAUCGGAGGAUGCUCGACAAGCUGGUCGAAGACUCGCCUUUCCUGGCCGUGCUCUUCUAUGAAGAAGACUGCGAGGACUGCGAUAAGGUUCUUAAAGAGCUCGAAAACAUUGACGAUGAAGCUGACGUGUUCGGCAUUGACUUCGUGAAGGUAAACGACUUCGAAGCAGCGAUGCAGUUCGGUGUGUCGACAUUCCCGACACUGGUCUACUUUCGGAAGAAGACCCCUGUCGUUUACGACGGUGACCUGCUAAACGAGGAGAAGGUGCUGGCGUGGCUCACCAGUCACGAGAACAUCGAGCUCAAGGACGAAAUUGAGGAAGUGAACCGAAAGAUGCUCGACAAACUGCUCGACGAAAACGAUUUCGUCGCCGUCUUCUUCUUUGACAGCAACUGUCCCAAGUGCGACAGCGUGUUAGCUGAGCUGGAGAACAUUGACGAUGAAGUGGACGACCUCGACGUAACCUUCGUCAAGAUUAACGACGUCAAGUACGCCAGGAAGUACGGCAUCGCCCAGGUCCCAGCCAUCGUGUACUUCCGGCGGAAGUUUCCAUCUAUCUUCAGGGGUGACCUGAUGAAAGAAGAGGAGGUCCUGGAGUGGCUGAAAAAAAAUCGAAAGUAAAACCCAGUGAAGCGAUCGGCUGUACAUCUCCUGAGAUUGUAGUGUUCGCUGACAGUCCUUCAGGUGCCUUGACAGCUUCGGCAGUUAAGGCGAAGUGUUGAGUAUGUAAUGGAUGUGAGGACACAGCCACUUGUGUCAACUGCCACUUGUUGUCCGUUUCUUUCUUUCCCGAUUUCUACACAUUGUUAAAAACUUGCAUACAUGUAUUGUUUACAGUUAUGUUUGUUAAAGUUACCCAAGAUUUUUAUUUUGCACGCCAAGCACAUGUUAUGUAAACUUGACAAUAUCCAUAUAAAUAGCACACCGUAAUUAUUCUAUGCGCAGGCGUUUGAGCAAAUGAGAGAACUGUGAGGUAGGUUACGCCAACAAAAAAGGCUAAAAUAUAAAUUAAACGGUCAAUAUUCCGUAGUCAAAUGCAAAUAGUCAGAAACGUUAGCGUUCGCAUAACCAUAUAUGGUAGCAACGUUAUGCGCGGAAUCGCUCGAAUCAAUGCGGAUAAACUUUUGCGAUUGCUUGACGUAGGGCGUGGUGUAAGUAUUUAACACUUUGUACCACAAGCUGUACCUUCGAGCGAGCUGUACAAAAACGACGGUAAAUUGUGCGUAGGCUACGUUUCACGCACUAAGUAUGCUGUUCCACACACGUGUCUGGAGCAGUACUGUACAGAAUUGUAAAGAUGUAUUGUAAUGACUAUUUCCAUUACAAUGUGCUUGUGUUCAACAUUAUAUGGCGCAUAUUACCUUUACUGAUGAUCUGUUUAAACGAUAAAAGGAAAAAAAUAGGCAGGCAUGAAGAAUUUACUUGACUUCAUGUGGAACCAUGACAGUCAUCCCGCCUUCAACGAAGUUCUACACUGCAUGGUGUAUUCGCUGUGAUGGAGAUUGUUUCUUUUUUUAAGAUUUAACGUGACCUUCUAUGCAAAUAAGAGAGAGUAGUUUAACUUUGACAUCCAUAUGAGGAGAAAUUGUUCGGUUUAUAUAAACACUGGUCCAUCACCAAUCUGCUAGAUAAGUAAAUCUCAAAGGUAGCAUAAAGCUUUGCAGCGGUACCUUUGAAUAUGCUCUCAGUCGACAGUCGGACGUAGCGAAAACGGCGUCUUCACCAAGGAACGUAUUCGUGUAUCAAGUGUGUAUACAUUACUCGUUCACAAACUGCACAAACAGUGAGAACAAUAAAGCAACAUGUGUUUAUACUUGU